UAUUGUCAAAAUGCAGCAGUAUUCUCUUGGCCCCUUUCUGUUCGACGAAAUGCGUAAACGAAUGCUCUCUUUCUUUGACCAAUUUGCCCUUGCUUCCCCAAAUCAAAUAAAUCCACCAAAUCCUAAACACUACACUCUCAUACACAAAUUAAAUUGUGAUGAAGUUGUUGUGCAUCCUCAUCGCGGUUGCAUUGAUCGCGGCAGUUGCUGCUCCCCUGAGUGAUGCCGCGAUCAGUUGCACUGCGGUGUUACAUUACGUCACACCAUGCAAACCCUACGUGACCGGAGGGGGUCCGAUAGGGCCGUGUUGCAGCGGCGCAAGGAGUCUUAACGCCGCUGCCAGGACGACGUCGGACAGGCAGAAAGUGUGCAACUGCCUGAAAUCCGAAACCGGCAGGGGAUACACCCAAGCCAACCUUAAAAAGGCCGAAGAAAUCCCCAGCCGAUGUGGUAUCAACAUUCCUUACAAGAUCAGCCGUUCCACUGACUGCGCCAAGGUGAGGUGAGCCUUGAUCACUUGAUGCAGAUUACAGCUGUAUUUUGACAACCUACGUUGAAUUACUGUGUGUAACAAUAUAUUGGUUGUAAAUUUGAUUGUUUCUUUCCAUUGGAUUUUAUACCAAGAUUAUUAUUAAUGAGAGUGAUUUCUAUUUAUGUGUUUAA